AUGUCGAGCUCGGACGGGUCUAGCAGUGGUGGGUCAAGUGUCACAUCCGCAAAGAAGCAUGCCGCGGUCUCCGUCUCUUCGUCGGACUCCUCUGAUUCCUCAUCGGCGGACAGCAGCAGCGACGAGUCUAGCUCAGACUCUGAGCCUGAGGAGAUCCCUAGCAAGACUCUCUCCAGCCAGCGUCAGAUUUUGGAGCCUGCCCAACCCCAGCCAUCUCGAAAGGUGGCUCAAGCCCCGCCAACCGCAGCAACCGCACCCGCCCAGGAGCAGCCUGAUGUUCCUCCCGGACAAGGAUUGAACAAGACUCAGAAGAGGAACGCCAGGCGCAAACUGGCCAAGCAGUUGGCUGCCGGCAAGUCUAUGUCGGCCCAGGGCAGCGAGGAGCCUUCUCAAGCUCCUACUACAAGGGCCAGUGUAGAAGAGGCAGCGUUCCUUGCAAGAAAGCAAGCGCUGCUCAACGCCAUUGCCUCCGAUGGCCCGGUCGAUCACUUUAGCGAAGAGACAUUUCAAAGGAUUUCCGACUCUGCCCCGCAAGAGAUGGAAGUCGAUCAACCCUCCACCGCUGUCGCUGAUCCCGCGGAGACUUCGCAAAGCCGAGCUGCACAAGUGGAUGAGACAUCUGCCCAACGUCGAAUGAGGCCAAACAUUGGAGCCACGCGGCGGAUGCUCAUGGGGUCUCUGGGCCUCAAGAACCCCAAGACCAAGGCCGAUGAAGACAGAAUUCGACAAGAUCUGAUGAAAGGUGUCCGCCCACACACCAACGCUCGUCUGGCCGAGGCGUCGUCACACUCUGACGUGCCCCCUCAGACACAAGAAUCGGUAGAGGAAGAUCCCGAAGCCUGGCGCGAGAAAAUCGCUUACCGAGCCGUAGAAUGCUGUCACGACGGGAUCGAGCUCUCGGAACCGCCAUUUCCUUUUGUCCAACGGUGGGACCCCCAACAGCAAGUGGAGGAGUGGUUCGGUUCGAAGAACAAGCGCGGGGGGAAACGUAAGCGCGUACAGCGCAAUCAAGCUCAAUACUACGAAGAAGGAGACUCUCAAGCGUCGAAGAAGCGUCGUGUAACCGGAGAGAGUGUGGGCGUGACCUUCUCGGAUGCGGCCGAAUCUUUGGAGGAAGGAGACACGACUCUCAACUACGAUGAUCCGCCUGACGAACCUGCGGUAGUCAAGGCCGCUGCCGAAGGGAGCCAGGCGACGGACAUUGAUGAUCUCCCUUCACUGCCGUCGGACCUGACUACACUUCCAGAUCUCCGGCCAGGAGAGGCAAAAUUAGGCAUGGUCAUCACCUGGAAGCAGUGGCUGCUGUCUUCAGCAACUAAUUGGCAACCCGAAGUCGUCAACCUGACUGGCAUUCUUGUCAGAGUGCACGACGAGGAUGCGACUGAUCUCGAGUUUCUUCUGGCUCAACGAGAUCGAGACGUGGAUAGGACCGAGAAAAAGUACGACGAAGACACAGGAGAGAGGGUGUACGACCGUUUUGAAGCCCCUGACGACGACGAAGACGAUGCGGACGAUGAACCCGACCAAGGAUACCGGAGAUUAAAAUACUCGGAGCUUAUAGAACCUAAGAUCGUGCAGCUACCCCUGGAAGACCAAACAAAGGCCACCGGCAAUGAGGAGUCGAGCGCUGCUCCGACCGACAGCAUUGUUCAUGAGACCGUUUACGACGACCAGAGCCAGCUCUCUCAGAUCAAUGGGGAGAAUGCUGGCCAGUCCGAGACGGAUGUAGAUGGAAGUCAGUUACUAGUCGAUACAGAAGAUGGUCGAUCCAAGGCUAAUACGGAUGACGCACAGCCUCAAGUCGUCGCGGACAGUGACCUCCGACUUGAUGUUACCGCAGUAGACAAUCAGCCCAGACAUAACCCCGAUACACAAGGCGAUAAUGUAGGAGACAUUGACGAAGCGAAUAUGCCGACCCCUCGAACGAAUAGCCCCGCAAAGGAUGGCCACCCAGUGCCAACAACAGAGGACGCAGACUCGCAGAACUCGAACGGCAAUGCCCUCUCUAUUUCUUCGGACCGCCGCCAUGAGAUCAGCAUCAUAAUACAGGAAGCGGCUUUUCGCAAGGAUAUCUCACCCUCUGUCAUACGUCAGAAGACCAGUAGUCCCUCUCGCCAACUGUUAGAGAUGGUGGACGCUGCCAAUAAUUCCCGCGUCGCGUCGAGAUCUCCCCUUUCCCAGGAAAGCAUGGCCAAGGAUACCACACCAGUGCCUGACAAUGAGCUCAGUUUUGCAGCAGGAGUCACUGUUCAAGGGGCUGCCGCGCCGCCUUCUUCCGCGAGCAGUAUCCGGAGUGGUCGGCAGCUUGAUCCCGAUGACAUUAGCUUCAGUAUGGGCGGUGAAGAUCUGCAGCAGGUCAGCGACACCGGCGAUGGCUCUCUCGUCGUCGAUGCCGACGCGUCGACCCCGAAAGCUAAAGCGCAGACGCCUACUCGGGCCAGGGAGGAUUCUGAUUCGGUUUCAACCGAGAAGUCCUUCCCGUCGCUGGCGAGUCUGGCUCGAACUGCCUCGCAACAGAACUCGCAAAAGCAGGCGCAAAGCCCUUCCAAGUCUCAAGUGUUGCUAGCACUCGCAUCUCGCGACUUGACCAUGCAGCGCGAUGAGGAGUAUGAAGCUGCAAUGCGCCGGGUUGACGGCACCGACGAUGACGAAGAAGACAGGGAUGAUGGGCCGCCGCUGGAGCUUAUAAGCACCCGAAAACGGCUGUUCCCCAACUCAAGCCAGCCAGAUUCGCCGUCUCUGUCUGAGUCGGCAGACUUGCCUGGCAUGAAGCCAGUUGCAAAGUCGGAAGCCUCACCCAUCGUUGACAGGCAAGACAACAAGCCUUUGCUGCGGAAGCGAGAGCGCAAGAGUUCUUCCUUCGUAGUCCCUCCUGGUUCUCAGGUGGUCACAUUAUCGUCAAGUCCACCCGGCUCGCCUCCCCAAGAAGACUAUGCGGAAGACGACAUUGAUGCGGAUUAUCAGGACGACAACAAGAGUGGCAGUCAGCCGCAUGGGGCUGGUUGGGUGCAGAAAACUAGGCCAUCCAGGGCCAGUUCGCGGGCUAAAAGUAUGCCGGCGAACCAAGGGCCAGCAAAGUCGGCGAGUGCGCGGAGGUCUACCCCUUCCAGUUCUCUACCUGCCAAACCCAGUGCGAGGGGAAGGGGACAACGCAAGGCAUCGACAAAGUUUUAG